AGAGCUGUCGGCCCGCCAGGGGCUCGGGGGACGGCUGAAGGCCGGGCCCGGGGACCACCAUGGCGGCCGCCCUGGGCGCGGGCGGAGGAGCAGGCGCUGGAGAUGAUGACUUUGACCAGUUUGACAAGCCUGGUGCAGAACGGUCCUGGAGAAGAAGAGCUGCUGAUGAGGACUGGGACAGUGAACUGGAAGAUGACUUGCUUGGAGAAGAUUUACUGUCUGGCAAAAAGAAUCAGUCGGAUUUGUCAGAUGAAGAGCUGAAUGAUGAUCUUUUACAGAGUGAUAACGAAGAUGAAGAAAAUUUCAGUUCUCAGGGUGUCACCAUCAGUCUGAAUACCACCUCUGGCAUAGUUACAUCAUUUGAGCUGUCUGACAACACCAAUGACCAAUCUGGAGAACAGGAGUCUGAGUAUGAACAAGGAGACGAUGAGCUAGCGUACCACAAACCAGAGGAACAAGAACUGUAUACUCAGGAGUACCCAGAAGAAGGACAGUAUGAAGGCCAUGACGCAGAAUUGACAGAAGACCAAAUAGAAUAUGGGGAUGAGCCAGAGGAGGAGCAGCUGUACAGUGAUGAAGUGUUGGACAUCGAAAUCAAUGAACCUUUAGAUGAAUUUACAGAUGAAGAGUACUUGCAGGCUUAUGGUGGGCAGCAAGGGCUCCAAGUGCGGGAAGACUGUGAGGCUGAAGAUGACUUAGACGAGAUUACCGAGUCCCGGGUUGCUUCUGAGACCCACGAGGGAGGAAUGGAAGCCCUGGAACUCCAGAAAGACAUAAAAGAAGAAUCAGAUGAAGAGGACGAUGAUGAUGAAGAAUCUGGACGAUUACGUUUUAAAACUGAAAGGAAAGAAGGAACAAUUAUUAGGCUUUCAGAUGUAACUAGAGAGAGAAGGAACAUUCCAGAAACUUUGGAGCUUUCUGCAGAAGCCAAAGCUGCAUUGCUUGAGUUUGAAGAAAGAGAGCGACAGCAUAAGCAGGGGCGCUAUGGCUCCCGUCGGGGAGGAAGGCGAGGAGGCUCUCUGAUGUGCCGUGGAAUGGGAGACCAGAGGCGAGACAACAACGAGAGGGGAAGGAUGAAGGAGCACAGGCCUGCCCUGCUUCCUACACAGCCGCCUGUUGUGGCUCACUCUCCAAGAUUAAUCCCUCCUCCACAGCCGCAGCCUCCUCCUCCACCACCACCACCACCUCAGCAACAGCCAAUCAGAAGUCUGUUCCAGCAGCAGCAGCUGCAGCCUCUACUCCCCUUACAACACCCGCAUCACCCCUCUCCUCCUCAGGGAGUGCACAUGUCCCCCCAGAUUGAGACUCCAAGGAUGAUGCUGACCCCUCCCCCAGUGACCCCUCAGCAGCCCAAGAACAUCCACAUCAACCCACACUUCAAGGGGACCGUGGUAACCCCUGUUCAAGUGCCCUUGCUGCCAGUUCCAAGCCAGCCAAGGCCUGCUGUGGGACCCCAAAGAUUUCCAGGCCCUCCAGAAUUUCCACAGCACACACCUGGACCUGUUCCCAACAGUUUUAACCAGCCACCUCGACUUCCUCUCCAGGACCAGUGGAGAGCUCCACCCCCACCUCAAGAAAGAGACCCUUUCUUCUUAGGAGUUUCAGGUGAACCAAGGUUCCCCAGUCAUCUCUUUUUGGAACAGCGAAGUCCUCCUCCACCGCCGCCUCCUCCCACGCUCCUGAACAGCAGCCAUCCUGUCCCCACUCAGAGUCCCUUGCCGUUCACUCAGCCUGGACCAGCAUUUAAUCAGCAAGGACAGCAGCCAGUGUUCCCUCGAGAGAGGCCUGUAAGACCAGCCCUGCAGCCCCCAGGCCCAGUGGGGAUCCUGCACUUUAGCCAGCCCGGGUCGGCCACUGCCAGGCCUUUCAUUCCUCCUAGACAGCCGUUCCUGCCCAGCCCGGGACAGCCGUUCCUGCCUGCACACGCACAGCCUAACCUUCAGGGACCCUUGCAUCCUCCGUUGCCACCACCUCAUCAACCACAGCCCCAGCCCCAGCAGCCCCAGCAGCAGCCCCAGCAUCACCAGCACCAGCCCCCCCUCCAGCCCCCACUCCAGCCUCCACACCAGCCUCCCCCACAGCAUCAGCCUCCUCCACAGCAUCAGCCGCAGCAGCACCAGCAUCACCACCACCUGUCUGCUCCUCCCCCUCCUCUGAUGCCCAUGUCUCAGCCGCAGUUCAGGCCGCAUGUACAGACUGCCCAGCCUCAGCCCAGCAGCAGUCGGAUGCAGUGUACCCCACGUCAGGGGCUCCGGCAUAGUGCAGCAUCUCAGAACAUAAGCAAACGGCCCAUGCAGCAGAUGCAACCCACUGCUCCGAGAAACAGUAAUCUGCGUGAACUCCCCAUAGCACCUUCCCAUGUUUUGGAAAUGAGUGGUAAUCGCUGCUCCUCCACACCUGCAGCUCAGGUGAAGUCCAUUGUCAACACGUCCCCACCUUGUAGGGCUGUGGUGGCUUCGAGGAGCUCACAGGGAAAGACUGAUGCAAAAGCCAAGCCUCUUAGUCCUGGAGCUCAGCCUAAGGAAGAAGCAAAAGCAGAAGCAGAGUUUCCUGAUGAAGAUGAAGAGACAAGGUUAUAUCGCUUAAAGAUAGAGGAGCAGAAGCGACUGAGAGAAGAAAUCCUGAAGCAGAAGGAGCUACGAAGGCAGCAGCAGGCUGGUGCCAGAAAGAAGGAGUUAUUGGAAAGACUUGCGCAGCAGCAGCAGCAGCAACAGCAGCAGCAGCAGCAACAGCAGCAGCAGCAGCAGCAGCAGCAGCAGCAGCAGCAGCAGCAACAGCAGAUAUAUGGUUCACAGACCUCCAUGGAGCAAGAGGAACUGGCAGCUACACCAUCACCCACCAAUGGUAACCCAUUGUUGCCCUUUCCUGGGGCACAAUGCAGGCAGAAUGUGAAAACCAGACUUCUUGUUAAAAACCAAGAUGUCACCACUGCUAAUGUUCAGCCCAAAGCGGUAAACUUUGUCCCACCUGGUGCUAACAUGCAGCAUCAAGGGCAACACUUGAGACCACUGAAGCAUCUGCGACAGCUGCCACACAAAGUCCUCCAGGUCAAACCUAUGGACAUGGAGGAGAUGCCCCACUCCCCACAGGCAGCCAGAGUGACCUCCCUCCAGGGCCAGCCUCAGGACACCAAGCCAGGGGUGAAGAGGACUGUCAUGCACAGGGCCAACAGUGGAGGUGGUGGAGAUGGGCCACAUGUCAGCUCCAAGGUCAGGGUGAUUAAGUUGUCUGGAGGGCAGGGAGGAGAGAGCGAUGGUUUUUCACACACAGAAGGCCAGCCCCAGCGGCUUCCGCAGCCUCCAGACAUGAGACAGCAGCCUACUCGCAAGGUGACGCUGACCAAGGGGGUUCCUCAGCAGCCCCAGCUCCUUCCUGUGGGGCCGCACAUGUACCCAGCCAUUCCUCCAGGGAUCAAAAGCAUCCAAGGGACUCACCCAGCCAAGAAGGCCAUCAUGCAUGGACGAGGCCGAGGAGUGGCAGGUCCCAUGGGCCGGGGACGACUAAUGCCAAAUAAGCAGAACCUUCGAGUGGUGGAAUGCAAGCCACAGCCCUGUGUGGUGUCCGUGGAAGGCCUAUCCUCAUCCACCACUGAUGUCCAGCUGAAGAGCCUGCUGAUGUCCGUGGGGCCCAUCCAGAGUUUACAGAUGCUUCCUCAGCAACGGAAAGCCAUAGCGAAGUUCAAGGAGCCGGCCCACGCACUAGCAUUUCAGCAGAAAUUCCACAGGCAUAUGAUUGAUCUGUCCCACAUAAAUGUGGCCCUGAUUGUGGAGUGAUCUUGAAUGGAAACAUCUGACCUCAUGCUGCACACACUGUGGAAUUUCUUGAAGGAAGCUGUAGGUCGGUGCAGGAUCCCCAGCAGUGCAGGUCUCUCGGGUCUGCAGUUUGCCAACUUGUCUGCGCACGCACCAGCCAGCCACAGGGUGAUUCCAGAAGAGAGCUGUUUAAACUGGUGGACAUGGGAUUGGAGUCUGGUGUUAGAUUGUUUUGAAUUCUGUUGUCCACAAGAACUCUGUUCUCGUGUUCUUUUGUUUCCAAGUGCUUAUAAUGCAUGUAGACCUUGUUCUUCGUGAUCCUGCUGUGUGAUUGGUCACAGAGUUUUAGAUUCAGAAAAGAACGUUACCAGCUCAAAUUCCAAGGAUCUUUUUCCACAGCAAAGAAUAUUUGAUAAUGGUUGCACUUAUCUUCAGUACAGGCUAGGAAAGAGUUCUCAACCAGGCUUAACUGGAGUGGUUUCAGAAAGCCCUCACAGGCUCUGGUAAAACAUAGGUAAAAAUGGGUGAUUAUGAUUGACACUCACCUGCCCUGGAAAGCCAGGGUGUGAGAUGGGUGUCUGGGAAUGGUGCCAUGGAAGUGGCAAUUCUGCUUCUUGUAAAUACCUCCAAAGUGCCACCUGUUUCAGUAGAAACUCUCAGAUGGGCACAGUGCUAGCUAGGCAAGCACAGGGCACUCCAGAGCCAGUGGCUCUGCCACCCUACAGGCAGCCCUCUUGGCCUAGUUUCCUGGCAUAGAUUGAGGCACAGCUUGAAGGGUGGUCAGACCUGCUUGAGCUUCUCUGCUUUAAAUGCCCUAGCUCUGUGGCGUGUGCUGUCUGUCACUGCUUUGAUUGCCUCACUGUCCUUCAGGGCUCUUGAGUUUCUUUUGGGUUGCCCUUCUAUCACAUGUGUGAGGGAUGGAUUUCUCAGCAGGGUUGAUGCUGCCCAAGAUAAGUGUAUCUGUCCACAUUAGUCAUUUUGGUUGAUCCCAACAGGUGAGACUUGCUUUCUACAAAGCAUCCCUUGGAGUCCAUGCGGGGCAGACAUUGAACACAGUGCCUUAUUAUGUUUCUCCCAUGAAAGAAAGCUUCAGUGUUUGGGUCAGACUUUAGAAUGAACUGACACUAGGACACACUCAGGACUUUUUAGUUGUAUUUUAUACCUGUGGUUUUAUCUCACGUAUUUGAGUAGGAUGGAGGGAGACAGAAGUCUGUUGUCAUCUACUGUCGCUGGGUAAUAAGGAAGGAGUUAAGCGCAGGACUGGAAGCAGCUGGCUUCCACAGCUGAAGUUUUACAUUACGUUUUCAAUUAGGUUGCCAGUGUUGUGACAGCUGAAGGAUGGUAUUCCAGGCCCCAAGGACCUUUGCAUAGGGUGAUUCUGAGCUGACACGAUGUGCCGGUGAGGAGCACCGGGGACACAGUUGUUGUCUGGGUUCCAGGCAGUUGAGCUGUGUCUUAGAAGACCUUGUGGUAUGGUGCCACCUCUGACCACAAAGCCUCUGCCUCACCCCUGCUUGGUGCACUAAGGGCCAGCCCUGCAGGGGUUGUACCCAGCUGAGUCGGCCCUAGCCCAUCCAUCCAAGUGCUUUCAACUGGUCGCCCCACUCUCAGUCCCACUCAUUUCACUUGGAUGCAGGAAAUGUUGAUAGAUACUUUGUCAGAUUCGUGAGCUUGGUAAUGUUAGCUCUCAUGGGACAAGAUAGACGCUAUGUAGGAGGUUGAGGGUUAGGACACAGUAAAAUGAAUUUAACAAUUUCACUGCUUUUUCAAAUAGUUUUGAGUGCUGGGCCUUUAAAACCCAAUUAUGCAUUUUUGUCUGAAAAGUAGGCACUGAAGCAUUGAAGUCAGGUAAGGAAACAUCCUCAUCAGCACCACUGUUCACCGAGGGUCUCAGGGCCACUUAGAGUGUGAUGAGAUCCCCAAGAGCAUGUGUGUCUCUUAACUGUGCGCACAUGAGCAGUGUCCUGUGAGAGCGGCUCCAAGCACUGCUUAGAACACCUUGCUACACGUUGACUUGGAGUGGGCUGUCAGACCAGGCAAGCCAGUCCUAAAGGCGUGGCUUCUGUGACGGAAACCCCUGAAAGUGAAAGAAGCAGAAUUAUUAGAAAGAGCGCCCCCACUUGCAGUGCCCUUCUCACAGUGAAGUCAGACCGUGGAAGAUCUGCUGCAACCAUUAUCUCUGUUCUUUGUGUAUCAUGCAUUUAAAAUGAGAUGGAAAAGCAUUAGUAUACUGUGUAAAUAUGGACCUUUUCAGAUUAAAACGUUAAUGGAAAUGCUUUCAACUCAAGCAGCAACAUCUUAGCUAUUUGUUAGUUCUUUUUUGUUGUCUUAUCAAAGUUUAAUGGAGACACUUUCAUAAUUGUUGUUGUGUGUACAUUUGAUUUUCAUAAAGAUGGUAGUAAGUCAAUGCAUUAACCCUCAUCUGUGUAUUAUUUGUUCACAAGUUCCAGAAGGUUGAAGGACUGACUCUCACAUCUGUCCUGAGGUAGAUAGUAGGGGCAGGGACAAGGUACUUCCCUUUCUCUGCCAUGUUUAUUUUGUGCUGUAAUGAAUGUGAGUCACUCGGCUGCUUACCUGAACGUAACCUUAUGCUGCCCUUGGCUUGGCCACAUUUGUUAAAUCCUUAUUGAUACUCUUCUUGAGGGGGAAAUCUCACCUUUUCUUUUUCAAAAAAGAUUCUGAGGCAACCCUCCCACCAUGACCCCCACCCAAUCCAAACAGGCAGCUUCUUGUGCAGGUCCUGUGCCCAUGGCUUGCUGUGGAGGAGUGUGGCUGGAUCGGGGGUGGGAGGUGGGCUUUCCAUUUUCAUCUGGGUAGUUCUCAUGUGAUAUGCAACAAUCUGAGAUGGUUGUCUGAAUCAGGAUGGAGCUUAGGUCCUGCACCCAUUGGUCAUUUUUUUUCCCCCACCAAGCAGCAUUCUGCCUGAAGCAGGUAGAAGGCUUUGCUGCUCAUGGAGGCUGGUAGGGAAGGCAUGGGAGGGAGGACUGGGCAGUGGUCCAGUGGAUGAGGAGAGACUUACAGGAUGGAAUGUCAGUGAUGCAUACCUCUGAUGGGACCCCCAGAGGAUGAUCCUUCACUCAGGUGUAGAGGCCCACAGAUGGGCAUGUGAGGGAAUUCUUGGGGUGACAUAAGCUAGGUGAAGGAGAACUAAGCUUAAAGACUAUCCCUGUCUUCUGUCUUUUGUUUUUCGUUUGUUCGUCUUUUAUUUCCCUGUGGCAUUAUUAGGAAGGUAAGCUCGAUGCAGGCCACUGACUGACACCAGUCAGAGAUAGGUCCUAGUGACGACCUAAGAGCAGUAGCCCGAGAGGCCCAUGCAGUAGUUAAGUAUUGGUUUUGGUCAUCAUUAGGUGCUCUGAGGGUCUUCUCUGUGUCCUCUGACCUGAGACAAAAUGCACGAGUCAGGAAGCACUUCUUUGUGCUAGAGCUGUGGGCCACACUGGGGGAGCUCUGUGGCUUGGUGUUCCCCUUCCUGAGAGUUAGCUUUAACUUUGACCCCCUGCUUGUUGGCCCCAGCUCUGGCUUUGCAUCCUUACUCUCAUGCCCAGUCGCUUCGUUACUCAGAGAGGGAGAAGAGGUCAGGGGGUUGUAUACCUCGAUGUGCGGAGGAGAUAACGGGGCACAGGGUAGACAAGAGCAAGACCUCCCCCCCCCCCCACACACACACACAGAGGAAGCCGCUAGGAGCUUAGCUCAGUUAUGGGAGAGCCUUAGAUACUUCACCAAGUUUAAUGAUUCUGCAAUGAUGGCUGCGGUAUUUUAAAGUUUAUGAUGAAGUCUUCUUUUUAUAUUUUUAAAUAUAAACUUGGAAAGGCAUUUAGCCUUGAUUUAUUAAAUCCUAAGGAUUUCCUGUAAGGUUUUUUUGUAACCUAUUUAGUUUUUGUCAUUUAAAAUGCCUCACUUCUUAGGUACACAAACCCAUGGCUUUGUGUACUAGGACCAGAGCAACCCACUGAUUCAUAUUGGAUCCCAGGUAUACCUCCUGCUGGUGUCAGGUGUCAGAAGGGACACUUGUGAGGUACCUUACCUCAUUUUCCUAGAAGCUGCUGACCAGAGACCUCUGUCUGUCGUUUAGAACACGACGUGGUAGGACAACUGAGAAGACAGGUCCUUGCACUGAAAGGACUCUCCUUUCCCCUUAGACGGACAGUAGACGAGGCUGUUAAGUGUGCUCCUUGCUUCUAUUUAAUGAUAUUUGAAAGGUUUGUGGGAAAUUGUAGGUGAUUUAGAGAGAACCUCCUGUCGUUUUUCUUAAGAGUCACAGGUUGGAUGGACAGACAGGUGCAUGUUGCUGUGUUCUGUGUUGGAAAGUUUAAUAUGCUCUAGGCAGUAGGCCUCUUGCCUUUCUUACAUGACUUUCUGCUAAACUACUUUUUAUUUCAAGGACAUGCACAGCAGAGGCUGGUUUGGGGACUAACGCAUUCUGCAUUGAUGUCUUAGAGCACACACAUUGUACACAGCGGGUUGCACCCAGCCCACGCUGACUGGCCGCUGAGGAGCAGAUAACCACUUGUUCUUUACUUUCAGGUGCGGAAUCCGGAUGCUGAGCUGUGUCCUCUGUGAGGACUUCCCUCCCAGACUUUAAUCCUGGUGUUUAAUUUUCAGGUGCAGCAGCAGAGCCCCAUGCUUUCCUUUCCCUUUAAGAGUGUCUGACGUUCUGUUCUCUUAUCUCACUAUGUGGCCCAUUCCCCUGCCCUGGCUGGGACUCUGACUCCCUCCUUGCCUUCUGCUUCUCUUCUGUCUUGUUGACACCUGAGGUGUUGUCACUGUUCCCCCACCACACACACACACACACACACACACACACACACACACACACACACACACCAGUGAGUCCCUGUUUGCAUGUUCUUUCCCUCUACUUGUAUGGCUUCCACCCCUUCGGUGGCUUGAGUCAGGCCCCCUCUGGCAGGAGGGACAUUGUGGACGUCUGCCCCAGGGCCACAUGUGCAGCUUCUCUAACACUUUUGCCUUGACAGGUCUUUCCUUGGGAUUUGCUCCUCCAGAACCUGAAUUGGAGAGCUUGACCUUUUGCUUGUUAUUUUGCAGUUUGAUUCUGGGUUAAAGAUGCCAGUGCCUUUCAGCUGUGGUCUGCAUGUCAUUAACCACCCCUCUCUGUUUUUACCCCUCUACCUUUGCAGGACCCGGGGCAUGGGUCAGUGUUAGUGGUAGCGUGCUCUCAUUCGCUUGGAAUUGGUGGCCGUGUGGCCGUUAUACUGCCCUUGCUGAUGUGGCCCUCAUCGACCUGUAAUGUAUGUGCGCCUCCCUGCUGUGCAGGCAGCUUGGAGUGCAGGCUGUGUUGCUGGGAGUGCGCUGGCUGCUUAGCAACCACGAGACACCACCUUGCUUUCCUCUGGCCUCCCUGUUUCUGCCAGCCCCGUGCUCUUCCCGUGAGAGUGACACUGCCGUGCUUUACUCCGGUUACCCUUUGCAUUACCCACGUGGGAGCUCUUGCAGGCUGUGUAUGUGAAGAGUAGUUGUGAUGUAGAGGAAAAGAAAUGUACUGUUGUGUGUAUCAUUUGUGUGCUUUCAGAGCAGAACAUGUGUUUCCGCUGUACUGUAACCACAAAUUCUGUCAAUAAAAUAUUAGAGGCUUUCCUGGC